AUGCAACCACUAGCUGCCAUCCCGAUGGCCUGUUCUUUCGUAACAUUCGUGCUCGGCAUGUUAUGUCUUUUCGCAGGCAAUAAACCUGGUUUCAUGGAGGAUUACCAUAUUAUAACACUCAAUACCUCAGAUGUCGGACAAAACCUCAUUCCCACAUCAAGCAGUGGUUCUAGCUCCACGCCCACAAUCGCAUCCCCAGUAGAAGUCAUUAGUAGCCUUGCCAACUUGAUCCCUCGUGAGCCCGGUAUUGGCGAUGACAUUGCAAAUGCACUCGGAGGUAUCGAAAAUGAUAUUGCGGGUAAACUUGCGAAGACACUGGGUAUUAAAGAAUGGUAUUCGCUACAUCUGAUGGACAUGUGCGAGGGAACAUAUACACCAAACGCCACUGCCAGGGGCGCAAAAUAUAACGUGAGCUCUUGCACAAACCAAACCGCCAUGUACCAUGUCGACAUAAACUCCAUAAUCUCCGAACAACUAUCCAUCGGUGGCGUCCACUUGAAACUCAGCGAUAUAGGCUGGUCCUCCAAAAUUCAAGAUGGUCUCGACGCACUCUCCACGCCCUCAACGCUACCUUCGUAUUCUACUGCAUUGGUGUCACAGCCGCCGGCCUCGCAUUCCUCACUUCCCUCGCCGCCAUUUUUAUAA